AUUAUUAACGUUUAUUAUAUCAUAGUAUCAGCUAACUUCUUUUUUUCACUAAAAUUCACAAACUAAAAUUUAAAUAUAAUAUUUUUUACCUUAGAUUAAAUAUGGACGUGUUACGUCCAAAGAUAAUGAUCAUUGAUGGACGACAUUAUCGUUUAAAUACUGCCGAUUGUUGUCCAAUUAAUUACAAUGAAAUGCAGACAGAUAACACUGAAAAUCUUGCAUCAUAUAUCGAGAGAGAUGAUUCUGAUGAAGAAUAUGAUGAUUUGAAUAUUUAUAUGGAUGGUGGGCACUGUGUACUUAAACUAGAGAUUCCAAAUGUAUUUUAUGGUUUGAUCAUUGGAAGGAAUCGAGAGACUCUCAAGAAUCUUGAAUAUCAAACACAGGCAAGAAUUAAAAUUCCUGGUCCAAGGGAAAACAAUAUAAUAACUAUUAAAGGAGAUCAAAGAUCACAGGUUAUUGCUGCAAAAUCAAAAAUUGAUGCGAUCAUAAAGAGGGGUCGACUCAAACAGACUAUGACUCAUUUUGUAUCCUUACCAAUGGUCAAUGAAAUGGUGAUUCAUAACUAUUUAUUAUUCAAAAAUAAGGUUCUUGAAGAAUGUGGCCAAUGUCGUGGGAUUUCUGAACUUUUGUUCCAAGAUCAGUUACGUCUCCAUUUAACUAUUACCUGUUUUGUUUUAUGUGAUGCAGCAGAAAUCAAAAAAGCUAUCAAGUUAAUGGAACAGUGUGAAGAUACUAUUAUAAAGCCUAUGAAUUUAAAACCUUUAGAUGUAUUAAUUUCUGAAUUAGAUUAUAUGAAUGAUGAUCCAUCUGAAGUCAAUGUCUUAUAUGCUAAAGUAAAAAGUAAUGAUAUUCAAAUUAUGGCUGAUAAAAUACAAACAUUCUUUAAAAAAUGUGAUUUAACACUUCAGCCCAGAAGUGACCACGUCAAGUUACAUAUAACUUUAAUGAAUUCAGGUUUUUCUGAAUAUAUAUCUAGUAUUAAUGGCGAUUUUGUCAAUCAACCGCAACUGACAUUUGAUGCUAGAAAAAUAUUGGAUAAUUUUCAUGAUUUUACAUUUGGAACAGUCCGUCUUACAGAUAUUCAUUUAUCACAAAGGUUUACAACUGAUUCUAAUGGAUAUUAUAAAUCAUCAUUUGUUAUUAAAAUUUAGUGUUAUAAAACCAAUAAAUGUUAUAAGUUAAUA